AUGAAGCUUCUAGGUCUUUUUACAUCCAUAGCAUUGUUCAUAUUUAGUACAAUAGCCGUUGAUUUAGAUAUAAGUGAUAAAGACUCAAUUUGUUCAGCAGCAGCACUUAUAGCUGAUGGUACAUUAGAUUAUUAUGAAGGUGAUAAAUAUGGUGGUACAGUAGGAAUGUUUUCAAAUCCUUACUAUUGGUGGGAAUCUGGUGAAGCUAUGGGUAGUUUAAUUGGUCAUUGGUUUUUCUGUCAAAACGAUACAUACGAAGAUCUAAUUUAUAAUGCUUUAAUUGCACAAAAGGGUGAUGAUAAUGAUUAUAUACCAAAAAAUCAAAGUACUACAGAAGGUAAUGAUGAUCAAGGUUUCUGGGGUAUAGCUGUUUUAGAAGCUGCGGAAAGAAAUUUUACAAAUCCAAAAGAUGAUGAUACACCUGGUUGGAUUGCUAUGGCCCAAGCUGUUUUCAAUACAAUGUGGUUAAGAUGGGAUCCUGAUCAUUGUGGUGGUGGUUUAAGAUGGCAAAUUUUUACAUGGAAUUCAGGUUAUUCUUAUAAGAAUACUAUUUCUACUGCAUGUAUGUUCAACAUUGCAUGUAGAUUGGGUAGAUACACAGGGAAUGAUACCUACUUUGAUGUGGCCGAAAAAGCUUACCAGUGGUUGGUUGAUGUCAAGUUUGUUGUUGAAGGUGAUGAAAUGCAAGUAUAUGAUGGUGCUGAAAUUGAUGAUAAUUGUACUGAUAUCACAAAAUCAGAAUGGUCAUAUAAUUAUGGGCUAUUACUUGCAGGCUGUGCAUAUGCCUAUAAUUCUACAGAAGAUGACACAUGGGGUGAUAGAGUUGAUUCUUUAUUGAAAGGUUGUGAUAUAUUUUUCGAAGAUGAUAUUAUGUAUGAAAAGGGUUGCCAAAGCUCAGGCACUUGUAAUAAUGAUCAACGUUCAUUCAAAUCUAUUUUUUCGAGAUCUUUAGGACAAACAGCACAAUUGGUCCCUUCCACAGCUAGUACUAUACAAAAUUGGUUACAAAAAAGUGCUGAAGGAGCAGCAAAAUCAUGUUCAGGUGGUACCGAUGGUCAUACUUGUGGUCUUGAUUGGACCAAAGGUAGUUGGGAUAAUAAAUAUGGUCUUGGUGAAGAAAUUUCAGCUUUAGAGGUUAUACAAAAUCUUCUAAUUGAUGAAAGACCAGCACCAUUAACAAAUGAUACAGGUGGUACCUCUAAAGGUGACGCAUCUGCUGGAUCAAACCCUUCAGGUUCACAAAAUCAAUUAAAUCAGGAUGAUUUAAAAAUCACAGGGAGGGAUAAAGCUGGUAGUGGUAUUUUAACUGCAAUUGUCUUAUCAGCUUUAGUUGGUGGCGCUAUAUGGAUGAUCUUGUAG